AUGGCUGAUACAUGGCCAAGCUCAUCCGUAUCGCUGCCUAUUGUAGCUCUUCUAAUAUGGAUUGCGUACAUUUUUGGGCUUGCGAUUUACCGUGUCUAUCUCAGUCCCAUCGCCAACUUUCCAGGCCCAAAGCUUGCGGCGCUCACCUACUGGUACGAGUUCUAUCACGAAGUCAUUCUGAGAGGCCAAUAUACGUUCCGCAUAAAUGACUGGCAUGACAAAUAUGGGCCGAUCAUCCGGGUUACGCCAGAUGAACUGCACAUUAGAGACAGCGAUCACUGGGAUGAGCUUUACGGAAAUAACCCGAAGGCCGACAAGUACGAGCGCUUCGCAAUCAAGUUCGGUAACAACAGCUCGAUGUUUACAACUUCCAAUGCUGCCCUCCAUCGCAUCCGUCGUGCUGCACUGAGCCCAAUGUUCUCGAAACGGCAAAUCACCAAUCUCCUGCCGGUAAUUCAGCAAAAGGUAGAUCUGGUGUGCAGUCGACUCUCAGAGUAUGUGGAAACAGGCGAAGUUCUCGCUAUCAGCAACAUAUGGGCUGCUUUUGCUGCCGAUGUAAUCACCGAGUACGCGUUCAGUCUCUGCUACGAUCAGCUGAAGUCGCCGGGCUGCGCGGAGAACUUCCGCGACGCCUUCCUAGCUAUGAGCGAAUUUGGUCAUCUAGCAGUCCAGUUUCCGUGGAUCAUGAAAGUUGUGAAAUCACUACCGGAUAGCAUCAGUGAGAGAAUGAACCCGCCGCUCAGCAGGAUUCUGAAAUUUCAACGAGACUUGAGAGUUAUGCUUUCUCGCAUUGCCAGUGGAGAUUCUCAGAGGCCGAAGAAUUCAGGCCAUCCCACCAUCUUUGAGGAAGUGCUUCGAAGCAAUUUGCCACGCCAGGAGAAGUCGUUCCAUCGUCUCGGAGAGGAAGCGCAACUAGUCGUGGGGGCUGCAGUGAUGACUACUGCCGGAGCCAUGAGUAUAGCGAGCUUCCACAUCAUCGACCAGCCGCGAAUCUACGAGAAGUUGCGGGAGGAGCUCCGCGAAGCUUUCUCUGACCCUUCGGCUCCCAUUGGCUUGCUGCAAUUAGAACGAUUACCCUACCUCAGGGGCUGUGUCCAAGAAGGGAUCAGAUUAUCUUACGGCCUUUCCUCCCGCCAACCCAGAAUCAGCGACACGCCAACAAGAUACAAAGAUUGGGUGAUACCUGCUCACGCGCCAGUCGGAAUGAAUAUUAUCGAUGUCCACCACGACGAGGAACUGUAUCCAGACUCGCAUUCUUUCAUUCCAGAGCGAUGGCUGGGCAACCCCAAGGCCCCCAAUGGCUCGCCCCUCGAUCGAUACUUCGUCGCUUUUGGCAAGGGACCCAGAUCAUGCCUUGGGAUCAACAUGGCUUACGCUGAGCUUUACUUGGGCCUGGGGACCGUCUUCCGCCGUUUCGCUUUCGAGUUGUAUGAGACUGAUGUUACUGAUGUUGAACUCGCGCAUGACUUUACGUUACCAAGCCCAAGGUUGGAUUCAAAAGGUGUACGCGUGAGGGUAAAGCCAUUUGAUAUCUAA